CUCCUCCUCCUUCUUAUCCUCACUGUAAACAAUCUCAUCAACCCUCCGCCGCUCGAGAGAAAACACACUUGCACAAUGUCGCCGCCGCGGAGCCGCCAAUCAAGGCCGUGACACGCGCUCCCACCGGACAGAAACCACCCCCCCUCCCAAAGAAACACUUCCUGAUGUUUUCCUUUUCAAACCGUCGGCUGCCUCCUCUCUCUCACCGACGAUGCGAACGUUAGCACGGCUGAAGAGGAGUCGACUACCGUCGUCAACUUGUCGGAACCGGUGCCAUUGAUUUCACAGCGGACGAGGGAGGGUUGUUGUUGUUGUUAUUGUUUACGUAAACACUACGAGGAGCACGUCGCUCGCUCAGGUGAACAGCUGUUAGCUCGUCAGUUAGCCACCUCCUCCUCCACUGCUGCUGUUGUUGUUUUUAACCCUUGGAAGUGGCGCAGGUGAGCUAGCACGCCUCGUCGCCGAGGAGCGGACCCUGGAUGGGGCGGAGCUGUCCCCAGUAGUCAGGUAGCGAUCAGUUCCGGUUCAGGGGGAGACGGUGUCGGACAAAAUGGUGUUGAGGAGCUGCUGGAAGUCUCGACAUAAAAACAGAACCGGACCCGCUGCUGGUCUGGUCCGAGUCGGGUCCGCUGCCCUGCUCUGGCUGUGCCUGACCCAGUUCGUGUGCGCCGGCGGCGCGCUGGCCCAGACUAAGAACGUGGUCCAGAAAGAUGCCGAAUUCGACGUCACCUACAACGGCACGGUCACGAGCAAGAACCAGACCAUCUACGCCUUCAACCACACCGUGUCCAGGAACAAGACGGAGGGAGUGCGCGUGUCCGUGGACGUGCUGUCGCAGGGGUUCGAGAGUCCCAUCCUGUUCGUGGUGCGACAGAAGCAGGCGGUGCUGUCCUUCCAGAUCCCCCUCAUCCUCAGAGGCCUCUACCAGAGGAAGUACCCGUACAACCAUGUGGGCCGGACCUUGUGCCAGCCUCCGACCCGGUCCGCCUCGGAGACCCAGUUCUUCUUCGUGGACGUGUCCACCCUCUCCAGCCAGGAGACGAACUACCAGCUCAGGGUCAGCCGCGUGGAGAGCUUCACCCUGCACACGGACAAGAAAUUCAGCUUCACCGCGUCGCCGUCCCAGCCUCAGUACUUCAAGUAUCACUUCCCGGAUGGGGUGGACACCGUGAUCGUCAAGGUCAACUCGGAGAUGAUCUUUCCCUGCUCCGUCAUGUCCAUCCAGGACAUCCAGUGCCCCGUCUACGACCUCGACAACAACGUGGCCUUCAUCGGGAUGUACCAGACCAUGACCAAAAAAGGCGCGAUCACCGUGCAGAGGAAAGAUUUCCCCAGCAACAGCUUCUACGUGGUGGUGGUGGUGAAGACGGAGGACGAGGCGUGCGGCGGUCCGCUGCGCUUCUACCCUCUGCGCCCCGACGAGCUCAUGGACGCCGGCAACCGCAGCAAGUUCAUCGACGUGGUCGUCACGCCCGCCAUCAAAUCGGAGGUGUACGUGAUGGGCAUGCUGUUCUGUCUGGGCAUCUUCCUCUCCUUCUACCUGCUCACCUUGAUCAUGACCUGCGUGGAGAACAAGCGGAUGAAGAAGAGGCGAGAGGUGUUUCAGAUUCCUGCCGACAUGUCGCCCACCGAGACAGCCUCUCUGCUCGGGAAGAACGGAGAUGGCAAAACUCCAGCCUCGCCGUAUGAAUAUGGCUCCUUUGCCGACAACUGCAGCACGCUCAGCUCCGAGGCGAUCACCGACAGCGCCACGUCCACCGACAACAACUACGGAUACGCCGGACAGGAGGCGUUAAAACGUCGGCCAAUCCUCACGCACCUCCACCACUUUGCCAUCUGCAUUGAGCGCUCGCUGGACAGUGUCGGGCUAAGCCGCCACGAGUCUCUGAGCUCCGUGGACGAAGACGACUACGACACGCUGGACGACAUCAACUCGGACAAAAACAUCGUCCGCACCAAGAAAUGUUUAUACGUGUCCGACCUGUCCCGCAAAGACAAGAGGAUCAUCAGCAAGAAAUACCAAAUCUACUUCUGGAACAUCGCCACCAUCGGCGUGUUCUACGCGCUGCCCGUGGUCCAGCUGGUCAUCACCUAUCAGACGGUGGUCAACGUCACGGGAAACCAGGACAUCUGCUUCUACAACUUCCUGUGCGCCCACCCUCUGGGGGACCUGAGUGCGUUCAACAACAUCCUCAGUAACCUCGGUUACGUGCUGCUGGGCCUCCUCUUCCUCCUCAUCGUCCUCAAAAGAGACAUCAUCCACCAGCGGGCCCUGGUCCGCAACGACAUCAACGCGCUGGAGUGUGGCAUCCCCAAGCACUUUGGGCUGUACUACGCCAUGGGCACGGCGCUGAUGAUGGAAGGCCUGCUGAGCGCCUGCUACCACGUCUGUCCCAACUACACCAACUUCCAGUUUGACACCUCCUUCAUGUACAUGAUCGCCGGCCUGUGCAUGUUGAAGUUGUACCAGAAGAGGCACCCGGACAUCAACGCCAGCGCUUACACGGCGUACGCCUACCUGGCCGGGGUCAUCUUCUUGUCCGUGCUGGGAGUGGUAUUUGGGAAAGGAAACACCGUCUUCUGGAUCGUUUUCUCUGUGAUCCACAUCCUGGCCACGAUGCUCCUCAGCACUCAGCUCUACUACAUGGGCCGAUGGCGGCUGGACUCCGGGAUCCUGCGCCGCAUCCUGAACGUCAUCAACACGGACUGCAUCCGGCAGUGCAGCGGGCCCAUGUACAUUGACCGGAUGGUUCUGCUCGUGAUGGGGAACAUCGUCAACUGGUCCCUAGCUGCCUACGGCCUCAUAGAGCGACCCAACGACUUUGCUUCCUACCUGUUGGCCAUCGCCAUCUGCAACCUGCUGCUCUACUUCGCCUUCUACAUCAUUAUGAAGCUGCGGAGCGGUGAGAGGAUCCAGUGUCUGGCGUUGGUGUGUAUCCUGUUCACGGCCGCGGUCUGGGGCCUGGCACUCUAUUUCUUCUUCCAGGGUCUCAGCACCUGGCAGAAAACGCCGGCGGAGUCUCGUGAGCACAACAGGGACUGCAUCCUGCUGUCGUUCUUCGACGACCACGACAUUUGGCACUUCCUGUCCUCCAUCGCCAUGUUCGGCUCCUUCCUGGUCCUCAUGACCAUGGACGACGACCUGGACGCCGUCCAGAGGGACAAGAUCUUCGCCUUCUAGGUUCGACCGCGAGACCUCCCGCCACGAGCGCGGCUCUUCCUCUCGGCGUUUACCGACCCUCGUCUCCGCGUCCUAAAACGAGCGCAGCCAGAAGCUUUUUUUUGUUUUUUUCUUCUUUCUUCCCGCCCAGGCCGUGCGGUGGGAAAAAAAACCGGCCAAUCCCGUACGGACACACACACACGUGCCAACGAAGAGGUCGACGUCGAGCGGCGCCGCCGUGUUUCUGUCCUCUCGCCGCCGUCAUCCAUAUAACUGUCGCCAUAAGCUGGAGGUCACGACGUCCACGCGUGCUCGAUAAAUGUAAAAAAGAAAAUACUAUAAGAAUUAACUUAUUUUAUACUGUCUGCAUUACAUUUGACCUGCAAGUCGGCGAUGCAUUUUUAAAUGUUUUUAUGCUGUUUAUAUGCUCUGUGUGUGUGUGUGUUUCCAAACAUUAAUGUGAGAACAUCAGUCGUGUCCCGUGCGUCAGUGGCCUUUAAGUGUUCUAAAUCAUACUGUGCUCUGAUUGGUCGGAUCCUCGAGCUAGCCAUCCUCCAUGAAGAAUAUUAUAUUCUAAUGAUGAUGAUUGUAUUUACUUCGACUUGUCCUGGUCCGAACGCGACGGUCUGCACUCUACUGUACGGGGGGGGGGGGGGACACGUGUCUGAUUUUAAUGUCAAACAUUGCAAUGAGCGGUUGAAUAAAUAAAGAUCUCAUUUUCAUAUCCUG